UCAUUAAUUAAUUAACGUUGCCUUGUAUUUUUUUGGUCUUUAUAUUUAAUUCCCUCUUCUCCUCUGCUCAAUUAAAAAAGCAAGGCAAUUAAUUGAGUUUCAAUUUUGAGAGUAAUGGGCCUCUCAAAUUAUCCUUGUGCAGCAGAAGGUGUGUUACCUGUGCUUGUGAUGAACACGGUUUUGUAUGUGGCUUUAUUAAAGAACAUAUUCAAAUCCAUGCUUCAAGUAGUUGGUUGCACAAGAACAUCAAUCACUAAUUCAUCUUAUUCACCAAAUAUUGAGGAAGAAGAAGAAGAACAAGAGUCCCAAUUAGAAGAGAGGGAAAGGAGGGUGUCAAUAAGACAGUACAAGUCAUUGUGCAACAAGAUAGGAAGAAGUGGAAGUGGAUGUGGAUGGAGAGAGUGUUGUUGUGUGUGUUUGUGUGGUUUUGAAGCAAAUCAGGAGGUGAGUGAGUUGGCUUGCAAGCAUUUCUUCCACAGAGUUUGCUUAGAUAAAUGGUUUGAUAACAAACACAGUACUUGUCCUUUAUGUCGUUCCAUGGACUAGACUACUUACUUAUAUGCUUCUCAACUUCUAGUUAUUAGUUUGAGUUAAAUUAGAGUUAAUUGUUAUUAAUUUGUUGCAGUGUUAAAGAAUUAAUGCUUCUUUUUUCUGUUCAAUUACCUCUCUAAUUCUCUAUGUUUACUAUUGAAUGUUCACUUCACACUAAGUGAUUUCAA